UCCUAUUUUAAAAAAAAGUUUUUUUUUUCUUUUAAGGCGGCAGUUGAAGAUUAAGAUAAUUCUUGGUUUUCUAGAAACUGCUAGUUGAGAUUUCCUUUCCAACAAUACUUCUGAAGCACAGAUAAAAUGGCUUCCUGCCUGACAGUUUCCUGUAUCCAUGGCAACCUCAUUUUAACUGCUUCUUACUUAGUUUCCUGAAUGAACAGUUGCAAAUCCAGGGGCAAAAUGUGAGAGCUGUGUUACACAGCAGUAUCACUUUUCCAAGCGUUUCGCAGAUGGGUAUUGUCAGCUGGUAACAGCCUAGCAAACUGCAAAACAAUGAAAGAACAGAAAUAAUGAACUUCAGAUUUGGGCAAAGUCAGAAAUGAGUGAGAAGGCCAAAGACAGGGAUAUGUGUGGACUACAAAGUUUUUCACCCUGCACAGGAGCAUUCCUGCAUCUCCUUAGUGGCUUACUUUUGUUGCUGCUCCAGAAGGAGGUUCUUGGCUGUCCAGCUGUUUGCCAGCUCUGCACAGGGAGGCAAGUUACCUGUCGUAACUUGGGUCUUUCAAGCAUUCCUCGGAACUUCCCUAAAACUACAAUUCUUGUAUACUUCAGUGGGAAUAAUAUAUCACAUGUCAUUCCAAAUGAAUUAACAGGCCUUCAGAAACUUGCUGCACUUUACAUGGAUAAUUCCAGUAUUUCAUAUGUACACCCAAAAGCUUUUGUGGAUCUUCCUAAACUUUGCUACUUGCAUCUAAAUAACAAUAAUAUUAAACGCCUGGAUCCAGGAAUUUUUGAAGGUCUUUCCAGUCUUCAUUAUUUAUACCUUCAGAAUAAUCAAAUAGCUUUUGUUUCCCGAGGAUUAUUUAGUGAUCUCCUUUCUGUUAGAUAUUUAACACUUCAAAGAAAUCGUCUCAGUAUCCUUGGAAGUGGAACUUUCUUAGGAAUGAGAAAUCUUCGAACACUUAACCUAGCCAAUAAUAAGAUUUCACGGAUAUCAUAUGCAGCAUUUUGUCAUCUUGAAAAUCUUGUAUACUUGUUCCUUGAAGGUAACAACUUAACACUUGUGCCAUCAAAUGCCAUCGGAAGGCUCAGAAAUCUUGAAAGACUUUCCUUAUCUCACAAUCCUAUUAGAUCAAUACAGCAUUUUGCAUUUAAAGGACUUAACAAGCUUAGAUAUCUGUCUUUAAAAAGUGUAAAGCUAAAACAUAUUGCUGUAAAUGGAUUUUUUGGAUUAAGCAACCUGAAUCAGUUAAUCUUAAGUUAUAACGAUUUAGAAAAUAUAAAUUCCAGCACUUUUACUUCUUUGAACAGUUUAAGGUAUCUGCAGUUAGACCGAAAUAAAAUAACAAGUAUUGGUGACAAUGCCUUUGAAAAAAUGGGGCAGUCACUUAAAAUCCUCAAUUUAGCUUUUAAUAAUAUUACAGAAUUGCAACCUAAAGUGCUUAAACCCUUAGUGUCUUUAACUCAUCUACACAUAAAUUAUAAUCCAUGGAACUGUAGCUGCAAAAUGCUUGGGUUACUUAAGUGGCUGGCAUCGUCUCCCAUUUCUGUUAAAAUUCUUUGUCAGAAUCCUCUCAGCAUGCGUGGCAGACCUUUGCAUUACAUCAAGUGGACUCUGUUUGCAAACUGCAGUAGCCUCACUGCCAGCCCAGAAGGAGCCUGGAAUCUAGAAUCUGCAGAUACCCAUCACAACCCUACCACUUUGCUGAUGGCAUGGCAUAAGGGAAACAGGCGCAGUCCAUUUGAGCAGUUUAUUAAGGCAGAUACGAAAUACAUUACUCUCUGGGAAGGAACUGCAGUUACAUCUGCUAGCCCUUUACCUCACGGAGAAAACACUGCUGCUGAAACUCCUUCACAGGCACCUACAGUGCUAUCAGUUUUACCAGUACAAAUACCAGCACAGAUUAUACCUGUUACUGGAACCAUAGAAGUAAAAAGUUUGUUUCCAACAGAUGCUGCUCCUGUAUCAUUACAGACAUCCGUACUUUGUACACAACAGGUUGAAAAGCUGAAUCAGGCCUUUGAUGUUUUGCUGUCCUUUUUCGUUCUGGCUUGUGCUGUGAUCUUGUUCCUAACCUACAAAAUCAUUCACUUCAGACAGAAACUGAAAGUGCUGGAAAACUCAGGGGAGAAACGAAUAGAAUAUUACGGUUUUUAUCAACCUGGCAGAUACAACAUAAAUGACACAGUGCAGUCUCUAACUGAGAAUUCAGUGGGAGAUUCAGAACUGGACCAAAUUAGGCUGCUCAAGCGAACAGCAUCUGAAAGUCAGGCACAGGUCAUAUUGUUUGAACAUUCAUCAUUGUAAUUUACCUCCGUUGAUUUGAUGUUAAUUUUACUCCAAUCUGGAAUGUCAAGAAGUCAAGAAUUUGAUUUUCUAAAAAAAAAAAAAAAAAAACAGCUGAUUAAUAGAAUUGUGAAAAAUAGUGUAAUUUGGAUUUAUUUGCUUUCUCAGUGUUCUGAAGUUCAUUGAUUUUUAUUAAAUGUCAUUUAAAAUGAUAUGGAUUAUCUAUGUUCCUGUUGUAGGGUUCUUUGAACCUGUAGCGCAAGUAUGUGUUCAGUGGAGAGAAUGUUCAUAUAAUUUAUUUUGCAGUACUUAUGGAUAUUAAGUUUCUGGAGUAAUUACAUAGCUAACUUGAAAUUAAAGUUAACUAGAUCAUGAAGCCAAGAAAGCCGGGGAAUGAAAAGAGAGCAAUGCUUAAUGUAUUUAUUGCGUACACAGUUUCCUGUUCUCAGUCUGUAUAACGGCUGUAUUAAAAUGUGAUUUUUAAUAGUCUGUAUUUGUAUCAUUUUAUGGUCAUAACUAUUAGGAGUUAAUAUGGAAGCUAAAUAUGGGAUUCAAAAAUUGAUAACGUUUGUAAUAUCUCUGAUAACGGAAGUGGUUCAUUAUUGUCUGUAAAAAGAUAACGUCAUCUUUUGUUUGAGGGAGUCUUUGGCUAGAUGAGGGGUAUAAACUGGAGAAAUCUAUUGAGGAUACUUAAGUAUUUGUAUAUUUUGAAGUGUUAGAUCAAAACAUGUAUUCUUAGAGAAGACUACAUUCUAGGAUUGUGCUUGAAAUGAUGGAUAUUAUGCAAACCAUGUAGUUUGCAUUUGUUAAAACUUUUUCAUUUUUAUUUACAAUAUUGAUGUGUGGGGAUGCUGUAGGGUUUCUGGCUCCAGCCAGACUUCUGCCAGCGUAGCUAAUGUGCAUGGCCAUGUUGUUGCACUCCCUGUCACCCCGUUUGUCUGUUUCCAGUGUGUUUCCAGGGAUGACAAGAUAUUUUCUGCUGCCAGUACAAAUGUAGACCUUGCCUGUACUAUUACAGGUGUGAAUGUGGAAGUCUAUACUGUGUGCCUCUGUUGUUGCUUGCUAUGUCUUUCUAUUGGAUAUAACAAAAUCUAAGUUUUGUUGAGAUUUACUUUCAUUGUGUUGUAGUGCUGUAUUUUACUCUAAUUUAAUGUAUAAUAGGUGAACUAUUUCUGUCUUAUGGAACACUUAAUUCUGCUCGUGGGGCAAAAGCUUAAACUGUUUUGAGUUUCGUGACUAGAAACUUUGUUUUAUAUAUACCUUUAUAGCCAUAAAUAUUAAAUGUAGUGUGGUUUUUUUGUUUGUUUGUUUUUUAAGGGGAGAAAAUGUUAAUUACUCUCAAAUUCUUACUUAAUUUUUUAACUCCGAUACAGUGCUUUACUCCUUAUCUAACCCCUUUUAAUCCCUUCUACAUAAUUGGUUGUGGCAAGUUCAUUGGGCAUUUUUGUGUUUUGAGGUUGUUUUUGUUUUCAUUUGGUAACAGCUGUACUGUGUGUAAUUCUUCAGUAGUCAGUUUGGUAGUCUUAAGUUCUUUAUCUGUUAGCUUUCAAUUUUAUAUGGCUGUCUUCAGAAGUAAUGGACUUUAUUAGCACCUGAGUGAUUCUAGUCAAAACUAAUUAACUAGGUUUUCUUAACUAGUGAUGCUGAUAUGCCCAUGUGAGAGAAGAUUUCAUGGGGAGUGGGUAGAGGCUGAGGCAGAACAAACCCAAUUCUCAAACCUGGGAGGCUGCAUUCUCCUUAGCUGUUCUCAGCAGAAGACCACAGUUCCCUCUGAAAGUGUUUCCUUUUCACUGGCAAGCUUCUGUAGGAAUCAUCUUCCAGAUGUGUGUUCUAUCAUUUCCAGUGAUAGAGUCUAAAUGAAAUUGAUACUGGCAGCAUGAUCUCUGUAAGUGUUGCUGGGACAGUCAAAGCCAUCUUAUGGAGAGGAGUCAUCCUCCAAUAACCAACUUGUAAAAAACUUCCAGCUUUGCUGUACAAAGAAAUUGAGGGGUGUAACUGUGGGAAAGUGCAGUUUUUGUUUGGCACUUAGUAACUGCCAAGUUAAAUGUUCACACUAGGAAACAGGAAUAUUGUGUCUUUGUGUGCUUCAUAUGUCUGUUUAAAUCACUGGAGAAUAGAGAAUUCAGAAGUUUCAGUAGUGCCUGCCUACAUGAAGCAAAGUGUCUAUAGACUUCCACUUAGUCACAGUCCCUUAUUAGAUUCUCUUUGUGAAGCUCAUUAUCAAGUUUACGGUCAGCCAUAGGAUUCCCCUGGAAAUGCUGUCUGAGAUGUGUCGUUAUCAUUUUAGGAGCUCCAUAGCACUGCACAGCGUCUGGAGGAGAAAAAAAAUAAACAUUUACAUUGCUCAUAGCAUGUAUAAAGUAAACUCAAUUUGUCCCCUUCAAUCUCUUUCCAUUGCUAAUGAAAUAAGAAUAAAUAAUUAAUCUGUCUUGAAUUAACACCAGUAAAGAUAUGAAGCUUGUCCCUUUUUCUAAUUUUGCUGCUUCAUCCUGGCAAAAGAGAAAAUCUCUGCUUUUCUACUGCUUCCUUUUAAUGUCUAGAAGAGAAAGGUAUGUCUGCAAGUAGGUAUGCUUGCCAAUAAGAAUGUUUUCUCCCUUUCUGAUAGACCAAGAAAGAUGUAUAGGAGACAGGAAGACGACUUUAUUUACAUACUACUAGCAAUUUGUUAUCAUUGCUCUUGUGAUUACAAAAAUAAGGUCUUAACUGCAUCUUUGGAACUGGAUCCUGGACUGGUUUAAAUCCUAACUAGCAACUUCAUACAAGCUGUAAACCUCUAAUUCCAGUCCUGUCUCUUGAUAAUUCUUGAUAGGUACCGAACUAGGUUUUGUCCUCAUACUUAAAGGACCCUGGGGGAGUUACAAAAUCAGUUAUAACUUUUUGCUGUUACUUGUUAUCCUGCUGACCUUGAUUAGAUGCAAUUGAAAGGUGGAACUGCUUAAAUGCUGCCUUCAUCCUGAGCUGAGGUUUUUUGUAUGGACAGUAUUAACUGUUCGGUUUUGUAAUGAAAGGUCAGCAAAAUAUGGUGUCCCUUUCUUUUCUGAAGCCACUCUUAAGAACAGCAUGUUUCUUAAAACAACCAGUCUAAUUUUAGACUUCUAAAAAGAGAUUUCCUUGAUUUGCAAGGCUCUUUCCCUUUCUUCCAUGAAAAUGACACCUAAUAUCUCAUUGUGUUGCUGCUGAACUUUAGCCCAAGUUUUUUUUGGUUGUGGUUUUGUUUUUUUCAAAUCACUGUAAACAUAUGCUGCCUUUAUUUCCCCCCAGCAUAUGUCUUACAUUCUAAAAAUAGUUCUAUUGUUUAAUGAUUUUGGACUUGAUAAAUGUUUCAGGGAGUGUCCGAUAGGAAGAAACUGUGUCUCCUUUCAAGAGAAAAAGGAGAGGAAGGGAAAAAAGAUGGUUUUAUCUUCACUGAAAAUUGCAGGUAGCUGUUAGGUUAUUUUGAAAGGCCAUCUGUAUUCUGUGACACUGCUUUCCUCAGGAAAAUUACCAUUACAUUUCUAUUAUUCACUUCAAAAGUAGUAAAAUAACAUCUCUAUUUUAUGCUAUAAGAUAAUAGCAUUUUCAAGUAAAGAAAACUCUGAUUUUUCAGCAUGCUUUGCAGUUAAUUGUCAGGAGCUGUAUUUGGAAUUUUUAGCCGCCUUCUUCAGUUUCUUCUGAAUAUAUCACAGAUCACUGGAUACACAAGUUAACUGAAAAGGGCUUCCCUCCCUUUGUGCUUUUCCUAUUAGUCUGCAAGCCUGGCGUAGAGGAAAAAGAAAAAAAAAAAAAGAAGUUAAUGAGCACAGUGCUUACUUUUUUAUAUUUUGGUUAAUUAACAUAACCCCCUUGUAUAGAUUGACCAUAAUUAGCACUUCCAGCAGAAGAAAAGGCUGUGCCUACUUUAGGUUAAACAUUUUUCUCUCUUCUCUCCCCUCCAAGUAAAAUUAUGCAGUUCCUCUGGCAAUUAGGCGUUCUUCAUGUGGCUUGAAAGGAACAAAUUCAGCUACCAGGUAGCUGAUAGAACUAUGCUAUUAAUUAAAAUGCUGCAUACUUACAGAGCGUAGCGUACUCCUCCGAGAUGGAGUGUUCUUGGUUGAAUUCCCCACAUCCUCUUCAAAAGGAAUGUGAGGACAGCUGUUUCCUUUCUUACAAUGGAAAAUACCAACCACGCUAUUGGGGAUUUUCCUAGAUGUAUGUUAUUAAAGGAAAAAAAAUGAAGUAUGAGGAAAAACAGCUCUAAUGAAGGUAGGUAUGCUUUGUAGGAAUCUAACUCAACUGAAGAAAUUCUUAACUCUGAGGGCUUAUUCUGCAGUCUGCUUAACAGGCAGUGCUCAAUUUUUUUAGGUUGUUUGCUUUCUGCUUUGGAUGAGGUAGGGAAGCUGUUUGGCAAGGGACAAAGUCUUUUCUAAAAUGUAAGUGGCAACAAUAAGAGGCCAGACUGAAGGAGAAUUCCAUCAGUUUUCAUCCCUGAAAGUGCUGGAGUUUCAGCUUUCAGCAUUCAAAUAUAGUUCUAUUCCUGGCAAUUGACCAUAGCUGAAUAAAAUUUAUGAAAAAUUUUCAC